AUGUUCGCUGAUAUUGUCUAUAAAAGUGGUCAUGAAUACAUCCAAAGCUUCGAAGAUAUUCAAGCCGCGAUUCUCGUGAUUAUCCCAUGUUUGAUUGGUCCAAUCAUGGCGAUUAUUGUGAUCCGCGGAUGUUUUGUGAUUCCAGCGAUGCAGUCGUCUUUCGGAUAUCUGACAAGAUAUGAGAUGUCUUUGAGGAUUCUUGCAUGUUUGAAUAGCGGGGGAUUCUACCUUUUUGGUGUUUUGUUGUAAGUUGUUAUAAGUGUGUAUAAUUUUCAGAACUGAUUCCAGAGACAUCAAAUUGAUCCUUAAUAAUUCACAAAUCUUCGGCCUUAUUUCGGCAACCUUACUUCCUAUGAUUUACGCCUUAUACUUUCUGAUUUCCAUCAAUAGAUUUCUCGCCAUUGUCACACCCAAAUCCUACAGCGAGAUUUUCUCACCGAAAAAUAGACGAAUAUAUAUUUCUGUUUUCUGCAUUUCACCAAUCAUUUACACACCAACUUUCGCAUGGUAUUGUGAGUUUAUGUAAUAUACAUAAGUUUUUUAAUUUUUUUUCGUUUUUUAGAUGACUGUGGCUAUAAAUUCUACCAUUAUGGCUGGGUAUUUUCAUUUAUCAUAUCUGACACUUGCGGCACAAAAUUUGAAGUUUUAUUGCGAGGCUUCCAGAGUUUUUUCGCAUGUCUCAUGUUGAUCUUUGAUUUUGGAACACUGAUUGCAUUGCUAUGCUUUGGGGUAAGGCUUUGUUAGGAUGAAUGGUAGAACAAUCUGAACUUUUUUUUCAGAAAUGCGUUCUCAACAACAAAAGUAGCGAGUUCCGUAAAUCAGAAAUCAAUUUCGGUCAACAAGUUGUCAUCCAAGGAUUCGUCUCGAUUCUCUACGGUGUUUUCUACAGUUACGCCUAUCAAUGGAUACCAGGAAAUCUCGCAGAAAAUUGGAAAAUCUUCUGGACAUCAUCGUUUCUCGCAAAUAUUCUACACUUUUUUGAUACGUGAGGAGGGGUUUCCAAAGUUUUUUCAAAAGUUUCAUUGGUUUUUCAGAGGUGUGAUUUUCGUGUUCAAUGCCGAAUUUACUAGAUGGUUACGUGGUAGAGAUAGGAACAAGAUUCUACCGGUUGGCAUGGUUAUCUCUGUUGUCACAACUUGA